AUGAAACAGUACAUUUCUACAAAAUAUGACCAGCACCCGGACAUGUUUGCGGAGGACUUCAUAAUAAUCGACCAGAUGCGCUCAGAUGCCAUCAGCUUACAGGAGCCUCACGAAAGCGGUAUCGCUAGGCUGGUGAUAUAUGCUGCACAGCUGAAAUGGAUUGGCGGGAAGUUUCCUAUCGACAAUAACCUCCGCUUUGAGCUUGUCAAUAUACUCUUCAAUCUCGCUGCACUUUACUCACAGCUUGCCGUUUCAUUGAUUCCCGCCAACUCGGAGACCCUGAAGACUGCAUGCAAAUAUUUUUGUCAGGCGGCUGGUGUUAUCGAGCAUAUAAGGACGGAUAUACUACCUGACCUACGAACAUCACCCCCAGAAGACAUGGAUGAAAUGACAUUGAGAAGUUUGGAAGAGCUGCUCCUUGCGCAAAGCCAGGAAUGCUUUUGGCAAAAAGCGGUGAAAGAUGGUUUGAAAGAUGUCUCGAUUGCACGGUUGGCCGCGAAGGUCUCCGAUUACUACAUCAACGCUGGCGGCUAUGCCGUGAAAUCCAACUGCAUAAGCACUGACUGGAUACAUCAUAUGACUGCCAAACAUCACCACUUUGCCGCGGCUGCUCAGUAUAGGCAAUCACUUGAUUGUUUAGAGAAGAGAAAGUACGGCGAAGAAGUUGCGCGGCUGAGAGAUAGUCUUUUAUGUGCUAACGAGGCGCUGAAGGAGAAGCGGUGGAUCAACAAGGUGGUUCUCAGUGACCUUAAUGGGUUGAAAUCCAGAGUCAGUGAAGACUUGAAAAGGGCUGAAAAAGAUAAUGACAUGAUAUACCUGGAUCAUGUUCCUCCCAAGUCGGAGCUGAAACUCCUGGACAGGGCUAAUAUGGUCGCCGCCAAAGCUCCACCUGAAGUGAUAAACGGGCUGUCCAUGAUUGGAGAGGGUGCUCCUCUAGGUCGCGCUCUAUUUGCGAAACUGGUACCUUACGCUGUGCACGUUGCGGCUAGUAUAUAUGCUGACCGCAGAGACCGCCGAGUUAAUGAGACCAUUGGCGAGCUGGAAUCCAUGACAACAAAGCUUCGAGAUCUCCUACAAUCGCUGAACCUCCCUGGAUCUCUCCAGGCACUCGAAAAGCCCCUGGGUCUGCCACCUAGCCUAGUAUCUCAUGCAGAAGAAAUUCGGCAGCAAGAUGGGUUGAACCGCAUUAUAACAUCAUUGGACGACACUUCCAAGUUGAAAGCAACUGAUAAAGCUACUUUUACCGAAGCAGUAGACCUUUUGAAUGCAGAGAAGGAAGAGGACCAGAGGGCGAGACUCAAGUAUGGUACUGAUCGGUGGACACGAGAGCCAUCCGAGAAGGCAGCUCCAAAUCUAUAUGCGCAGACCAGUGAGAUAGAAGGUUAUCUCUCAUCCGCCAAUACCAGCGAUAACUUCAUCCAGAGCAAGCUGAAUGAACAUGGUCGAGUGCUGCAGGUUCUGGCUGGGACAAAUCGAGACUUGGAGGCAUUCGUACCCAGCAGCCGAAGACCUGUACUGUCACCUCAGGUGGGACGUGAAAUAAGCCGGCUACGAAGUGCACUGAACGAAGUUACCCGACUUGAAAAUCGACGUAGACGCUUGAUUGAAGAUUUGCGAGAGAGCUCCCAGGCGGACAACAUCAAUUCUGCACUCCUUGAAGAAACAGCACGCCUAGAGCGUGAAUUCCCCAUGCAGAAGAUUCAGCCAAGCCAGUUUGAAAGCUUGUUCGAGAAACAUCUUCGUCGCUAUGAUAGUGAUAGAAACAUGCUUGCUGAGGAGCAGAGGAAACAGGACGAACUCGGCGAGCAGCUCCGAGAAGCCAACAAGGCGUUCACGGUUGCACGUAGGGGCGACUCUUCGACUAAAGAGAGAGAGAAGGCGCUACAAGAUCUGGAGAUUGGUUAUUUGAAGUAUAAGGAGAUCGUAUCAAACAUCGAUACAGGGAGGAAGUUUUACAAUGACCUAGCAAGGAUCGUGGGCCGAUUUAGAGAGGACUGCAAGAAAUUCGUAAACCAGCGAAGACUAGAAGCCAGCCGAAUGGAAACGUAA